CAUAAAGCAUGAAUCUUUCCAUGCAGUUUACUGUAUAAACAUAUAAGUUCUAUUAUGAGGUUUUAUUUUAGUUAUCAGUAUUGGAAAGAAAUAUGCCCUGAGAAUGGAAUAUGUAGGGAAUUCAUGUUGCGUGACGCUGACUAAUUUGGGUUGAGGUGUCAUUUAUUGAUUGAUUGAUGCACGUAAAGUUUUCUUAUCAGUUUAAGCAUAUGAGAGAGAUGUGUUUUUUCUGCUCUUGUAUUUUGACUCUCGAAGAGUUCAUGGCUAUGCAAAGCCUCCAAAUGUUUCAGUGUGUAUCAAUUUCUUUUUUGGAGGUGUGAUGUAUCAGAGCCUAACUUAACCCCAAAGCUAGCUCAAGAGGUGAGGAUUGCCCAAGCCAUAUUAAAAAGACCGGAAAAGGGUCAAAGGAGAUCACUAAUACCCCUCCACUUAACAGGGUCAAAGGAGAUCACUAAUACCCCUCCACUUAACGGUUAUAGUGGAAGGUAUUGGUGGUCUCAUUUGGUAACGGCGAGGGUAUAUUUGAUCCCAAAAAUAAACGAAGGGUAAAUGUGAGCUAUUUCGAAUAGUUUGAGGGAAAUUUUGACCCUUUUCAGUAAAAAGACCGCCCAUCCAUGUGGUACUCUUCACCUCACCCCCCCCCCCCCCCAUGCCCAGGGCUGGACAUUUGGAGCGUGGACAAUUUAAUAUGGGGGGCCAAUAUCGGAAAACGAGAAUUGAGAUACCAUGUUAUGGAUCUUGGGCCUAACUCAACCCCAAAAACUAGCUCAAGAGAGGACGGGAAGCUUUCCGGUGCAAAGCUGAAACAGCACGUGGUGAAGGCAUGCCAAGAACUUGAUCGCCUAAGACUGCACAAACUUCUAAAUGAGUAUCUUCUAUUUAUAUCACAAGCUGGGAUACAAGGGGGGAAGGUGUGGCUUGAAAUAAAUAAUGUGGAGAAAGGGAUAAUACAUGUUAUUGAAGAACACAAAAUUCAGUGGCUUGUCAUGGGAGCAGCAGCAGAGACUCACUACUCAAAGCAAUUGUCAGAGCUCAAGUCCAGCAAAGCUAAAUUCGUGUGCCAACAUGCACCAAUGCACUGUCAAAUUUGGUUUACUUGCAGCGGGUGCCUGAUACGUAUGAGGUCUAUGAAUAACUCUCUUUCAAGUAGCAUGGAGUCGUUGUCUUCUCCAGAAGAUAACGGAGGAACCAAAAUGCGUAAUCAUGUUGGCGACAGUUAUGAAGAUUUGAACAUUUCAGAAAAUACAUCAAGCCCAGCUAACAAAAUAGUCAAGGUAGAGACCAAGGGAGACUAUUCGCCCUUGCAUGAAGCACAUUUGCUUCGUGCAACGUCUCAACCUUUGCUGAUAGAAGGAAGUUUUCACGGAAAAGCCUCUAAUGAUGAAAGAAGUAGACUGGAGCAUGCUAUGAUGGAUGCUGAGAACUCAAAACAGAGGGCUUUUGAAGAGUCAGUAAAACGGUGGAGAGCUGAAGAAGAUGCUAUGGAGGCUACCCGCAUGGCUGAAGUGUCAUAUAGAUUAUCCAAGGAAAAGGAAGAUCAAAGAAAAGAAGAGGAAAUUUUGGCAAAGCAAAAGGAAGAGAUAGAGGGAUUGAAGAUUCAGCACGAUCAGUGCCUGAAAGAACUUCAGAUGAUCCAGGAGAAGAAGCCUGUACUAGAAAGCCAAAUAACUGAAUCCUCCUAUGCAGGAAAGGAGUUAGAGGAGAAGAUAAUUCAAGCAGUAGAGCUCCUAAUAUCCUUUAGGAAGCAGAGGGAUGAGAUGCAGAUAGAGCGUGACAAUGCAAUCAAAGAAGUUAACAGGUUUAGAAAAUUGGUACAAGAUGAUUCCGAUGAGUAUUGUAUCAAAAAUUUCUUUUCAAUUUCUUUCUCUGACAUUAUAGAGGCUACACAAAAUUUUGAUCCAUCCUCAAAGAUCGGAGAAGGAAAAUUUGGAAGUGUUUACAAGGGGAUUAUUCACCACGUAAAAGUAGCUAUAAAGAUGUUGCCAGCUUGUGGUUCUUUAAGUGAUUCCGAUUUCCAACAUAAGGCAGAAAGUCUGAGCAGGGUGAGACAUCCAAACCUUGUUACACUGAUGGGCAUUUGCUCAGAGUCUAGGUCCCUUGCUUAUGAAUUCCUUGAAAAUGGAAACCUUGAAGAUCACCUGGCUUGCCGCAAAAAAUCCCGCCCUCUUCAUUGGCAAGAUCGGAUAAGAAUUGCUGUCGAGAUAUGCUCUGGUCUUAUCUUUGUUCAUGCCAAUGAUCCUUGCAUUGUCCAUGGGAACUUGAGACCUACCAACAUUCUCCUUGAUGCUAAAUUUGUCAGCAAAAUAAGUGAUUACGGAGUCCAUCUCUUGACUUCCCAGAAUGAUAAUUCCAAUAAUGAUGAUCCAGAGGCUUCCAUUUAUGUGGACCCAGAAUGUAUUGAUAAGGGACAGUUCACUGUAGAAUCUGAUGUUUACUCAUUCGGCGUCAUACUUUUACGACUUUUGACUGCAAGACCAGCUUCGGGUAUAGUGAGGGAUGUCAAGUGUGCUUUGGAAAGUGGGAACUUGGGUUCAGUUUUGGACUCUUCAGCUGGUGAUUGGCCAAAUGAACAAGCAGAACUGUUAGCUUAUCUAGCAUUGGGGUGCUGUGACAAAGAUCCUUUAAAUCGGCCUAAUAUGCUCUCAGAAGUUUGGCAAACAAUUGAGCCAAUGAAAGAUAUAUGCACACCACACUCAGAUUUGAAUACUUCAUCUCAGGGUUCCAAGGGUCAAAAACGAAUUCCUCCUCAUUUCAUUUGUCCUAUUUUUCAGGAUGUCAUGGAAGAUCCACACAUAGCAGCGGAUGGUUAUACAUACGAAGGUGAUGCAAUAAAAGGAUGGCUGUAUAGUGGACACGAUACUUCUCCCAUGACAAACCUCAAGCUCAACACCUGUGAUCUGAUUCCCAAUUACGCUCUGUAUCGCGCAAUUCAGGAAUGGCAGCAACAGUCCUGAAAUUCGUUAGGGUAUAUAAUGCCUUCUACAAACAAAAACAGCUUCAAAGUUGAAGUUAUAUACUGAUAUAGAAAGUUAACCAUGUCUCGUGGUAGUUCCACCGAGUAAAUACUUGGAUUCGAGUUAUUUGAACUUGUCAGGUGAGUAUAUAAGUCUUACUGCAAUAUUGAGACGUACAGAUUCUAUCACUAUGUACACUGUAUAUUUUGCCAACUCAAUACAAAUAUUGAGCAAAAUGACAGAUCUCUUCUUCUU